AUCCCGUACCCGCGCGUCGCGUCGCUUAAAACUUACGACAACUAAGUUACUCGCGCGGUAAAUUACGCGAAUUUAGUUGUGUUCCGAAAUUUGUUAUAAGUAACGUUUUAGCUGAUUAUAGUUGAUUGAUUUGAGAGAUGCGCCGCGAUUGCAGCAAAAGAGGAACUCACGUGCUGGCUGGAAAAUAUAUUUGAGAAACUCUUCGGAGAAAAAAAAAAGCUUAUAACUUUUUUAAGAACUGGUUGAAUAGGGCAUGAGAAACUCUUUGAUUGAGAAUUUGAAAAAGGAAGAUAAAUAUUAUUGUUGUGGUGGCAGUCGCACAAGCGGCGCCGCGCGGUUCGGUUGUGGCUCGUUGGCGUUGCUGGUUGCUGGUUGGGGCGGGUGCCGUGAGCGCCCAGCGGAGCCCGCUCAGCUGGGCCAUGGGCAGCUCGCAGCGACUGGCGGCCGUGGCUGCCGUCUCUCAUGCAAGACAUUAUUACAAUCACACGCAACCAGACGUAGCACAAGAUACUACGCCUUACACCGUCAAUGUUUUCUUUGUCAGUGCAACGCUAUGCGGUGUCCUAGUGGCGGUUUGUGCGGCUUGCUGGCGUCGGUCCGUGCCGUCUGACAAGCCGGACGACGUGGUCGAGUGCCGGGGAGUGUACACUGUCAGCGCGGACGUCAGACUCACUCAGGUGCAAGAGGAACUGCCCGGGCCUCCGCCAGCCUACGAUACAGUCGUCCCAGGUGAAACUUCGAACAAGCAGUGCCAUUCCUUACAGGAGGUAGUGUCUGAGCCGUGUGGUCGCUGCGAGACUCCGCGUCGAAGUGACGGCGGGCUACCUUCAUACGAGGCGGCUGUUCUACUAAAAGACACCAAGUUAUAAUAUGCCUUGAAUUGAUGACCAUAGCAUACAUAAAGUCAGCUAUUAUUUGAUGAUGUUUAUAUAAAGCAAGUGACCAAUUGACUAUUACGAACUUCGUAGCGUAGUUGCUACGACGCUAUUAAAUUAUUGAACUACUCUUCGUAACUGCUACGAAGUUCGUAGCAGCUACGGCGUAUUUUCAAUGUAAGAAACUGCUAUUUAAAUUUAGUUUAUUUUUAUUAGUAAUACAAUAUGAGUUUGACUAUUACGAAUUCUGUAUUCUAAAUUCCAAAACGUUAAGUCAUUUGAUAUAAAUGGUGCUGUCUUAUCGCUUUUAUAAGUGGAUAAAUCUUGCAAAAGACACCAAGUUAAAAAUAUGCCUUCACUAGACCGACCAUAGAGAGAAUGUUUCAGUAUACAGUUCUCUAUACAGUUAAUAACGAUUGUCGUUUGAUGUAUUGAUUUGUAGCAGUGGCAUGUAUGUUCCUAAGGGAUUUUUCGCAUUACGCGCGCAGAGCCGCGGGCUUACUCUAGUAAUAUAUUAACAGGCGAAAACCAAAAAAAAACUUUUUGUAGCAUUUCAAACUAAAAUGAUGGCCUACAUAGUCACAAAGCUUAUCUUCAAGACUUAGCUUUCUCAUUCAAAUAAUCUCUUAAGAGUGUUCUGCAGUCGGAUCACGUGGCCGACGAAGGUACGAUGUAUGCGGACGGCGUCGGCCGACCGUCAAACCGUCGGAUACGACCGAUGAUGAAUGGCCGCGGAUCGCUGACAAGAUAAAAUUCAAACGGAACGCUGAAUUUUCAGAUUUUGCACAGCGUAUUGUAUUACUGAUCGUUGAUUUCGAUCAGAUGAGUUUUGAGUGAAGAAAAUAUUGGUAGUACAUACCUAGAAUUACGCAGUUUACUUUUCUUUGCUUAAUUUACGCAUACUUAUUUCGCUUCAUCCACAUGUGACGUUAAGGUAAAACAUCUCAGGUAAGAGAGAUGAGGGGCUAAAAAGGUGUUAUUGUUGUGUGUUUUCAAAAUUAUAUUACUAGUUACUUAUUUAUUAUUUAUCACGUGCAAUGUGGUUUGGUUUAUUUCUUAAUAGGUGUAAACUAUUUUAUUAAGUACAUCAUGUGUUUCAUAUUUAAAAUAAUUGGAGGUAGGUUAAGGACUGGCUUAACCUUGUGAUUACAACAGAUCAACAUUUCAUUAUUUGAAUAACUACUGUUAUACAAAUAAGUCUCGAUUUAGUGAGCAAUAAAUAAUCAAGUCACCUUUUAAAUACAAAUUUAAUCUGGUCCAUUAUUAUUUCACAAUGAUAUAAAAAUUAUACAAUCAUACACAUACAAUCAUAUCUUUAUCCAUUACGAGAUAAACAGAGUCAACAGUCUUGAAAAGACUGUAAGGUGACGUUUAGUUGUAUGGUUUAAUGAUGGAAUAGUGUUGUAGUGGCAGGUUGCUAGGCCAUCACCUAUAAGAACAAUCCGAAAUUAUUAGCCUUUUCCUUGAUUUUUAUGUGAUCUUGAUUUUUCCCUUGAUCUGCAUGGAAGAUAAGCAGAUGGCACACACUUCGAAUGUACUUUAAAAAUCUUGAAAUAACUUUUUUUAUCCAUUUCAAUUUUCACUUUAUCAACAAACAAGAAUAGGUGCAUUACAUAAUACCAAGCACCAAAUAUUUGUAUAAUAUCCUAUCAUUAAGUGUAUGAAUGAGGACAUAUCAUCCGGUCUUAUCAAUAUACAUAUACUUAUUGUGAAGUUAAUAUUAAUAUGCAUUUUACAAAUCACUCGUGUAAUUAAUUAUUUUAUCCCUUUACACAAUUUUGUUAGUUUUUUUUCUAUAUUAUAUUUUUAUGAUAUAAAAUAUUAUUAUUGUACAUUGAAUUUAAUAUAAAAUGCGUAUUCAGAAUAUCUUAUGAUUAGGAAUUAGGUAAAUAAAUAUUUAAGUGUAAAAGGUAGGCCUAAAAAAUGUAACAUCAGACAGAAAAGCAUAAUAAUAAUUGAUAUUUCAUCAAAUAAAUAUAUUUUAUGUAGGUAUAUAAAUACCAAAUUGGGUUUUUAAUUUCGAUUUUAUAUAUAGUUUUAUUUCUGUGAAUUGUAUAAAUAAAGCUUAAGUAAUUCUGGUAAUUGAAGGGAAAUAGGUUAAUACCGACUAUACCAAGAAUUUCUCAAAACAUAAAAAUACAAGUAUUGGAUGAGGCAAGAAAGGUUUAUAAAUAGCUGCGGAUAAUGAUUUUCUAUGUUGUUAGUUACUACCGUUAUCUUAACUCGUUUAUCAAACACUAGGUUAAGGGCACUCGUAUAUUAUUUUAAAGGCAAUUUGCACCAAUACACUAAGAUUAUGUACCAGUCCUUGAGACUUGAGAGAUAAGAAAGCCGUUUUGACACCAGAGUAUGAUAAGUACUUACAUAUAAAAUUAGAAUAAAAGAUAUAGAAUGUAUUAAUUUUUUUAAUUUUAAAUACUUUUGAUGGCUUUGGAUACAUGUCUUUAAAGGCCCGGUGAACAAUGGAAUUGACCUGAAUGAAUGAUUGGAAUUGAAUUGAAUUUUUCCCGGAACUUGACUUGUUGAAAAAACACUAAAUGAAAAAAAUGCUAAUGCUACAAUCUUAGAGAUUUUAUUAUUAACAGUUAUGUUAAAAGUUAGGAUUUCCGCCAUUAUGUAGGCAUUUAUUCGACGAUUAUUAGCUGUCAAAACGGCCAUAUUUCUUGACGAGUACGUAAAUUUUUAGACUUUUUAAGUUAAGACUGGGGCUUAGUCCAUAAUGAUCGCAAAUCUAAUUACUAUGUGGGAAGUUCCAGUUUUAUGAUUUGUAUUGUGAAUGAAACACUACAACAAUAAUUUAAUGUGUAAUCAAAUAAAUGCUGUGAUAGUGUAAUGAUUGGUUAUAAUAAA